GAGACGUGCGCCCAAUGUCUCGACGCGCACGCCUCGACCGUUUAUUAUGACUUGGAAAGGAUACCAGAGUUUAUUUCGGGAUCUAACUUUUGUUAAUCACUUUGGAAUGUUUACAGCGGACGUGCCGUUACGUAAAUAUAAAUAAUCUCAUUUCUCAAUAAUUCCUCGACCCAUUGUGAUAAACAUAACGGGAAAAGUUAACCUGUGAUUUUGUGAUAACAGCUAUCGGUUAUCUGGUGGACAGUUAGCAAAGAUACAGUAACAGUGUUUGCCUAUUGAACGUGUUCAUACGUGUUUGUGUGUAAAUGAUAUUUAAGUGAUCUGUUUUUAGGUAGAAACGCGCCCACUUGUAUUGUGGUGACUCUUCAUUCAAACAUUUUCCUUUUUUGUAAAAUAUGUGCCAAUAAAUCUAUUUUUUGAGUGUGCCAAAUCUGCUAAGAGGAAGAUUAGUUGUUUGGCGGAAAUUUUUGGUAGUUACUUCAAUUCUUUGACUAAAUUAAGACGCGUAAAGGCCAAGAGGUACACUAAAUAUCACUAUUUAAAAGUAUAACACUAGAUAAAAGAAAGGAUCUGACUAAAAUUUAAACUUUAGUGAAUCAGGAUGAUUGCUUUUAUUGAAUAGCCAAGGCGGCAAAAAUGGCAAAGAUGAAGUGCCCUCAUGGACGCAGAGGGUAGGCUCGUGUUUUGGAAGGGUGGCAUGUGGGAAGGGGGUGCUCCAACCCUCAAUUGUAAUACUUGCAAGAAGCGACGCGCUGACAGGAUGAGCGCCAACGAUCGCCCACUGGGUGAGUUAAAGAAACUAUCGGAGGAGAGUUUAACGCGGCAACCGGAGGAAGUAUUUGACAUCAUCUGCAAACUCGGUGAAGGCUCCUAUGGCAGCGUUUACAAGGCGUUACACAAGGAGAGCGGGCAGGUGCUCGCCAUCAAGCAGGUGCCGGUGGACACGGACCUGCAGGAGAUCAUCAAGGAGAUCUCCAUCAUGCAGCAGUGCGACAGCCCCUACGUGGUCAAGUACUACGGCAGUUACUUUAAGAACACGGACCUGUGGAUUGUCAUGGAAUACUGCGGCGCGGGAUCAGUUUCAGAUAUUAUGAGGUUACGAAAGAAAACGCUCUCAGAAGAUGAAAUAGCGACGAUACUGUGUGAUACGUUGAAGGGCCUCGAAUACUUGCACCGGAGAAGAAAGAUCCACAGAGACAUUAAGGCGGGGAACAUAUUGCUCAACACGGAGGGUCACGCGAAACUGGCUGAUUUUGGCGUCGCUGGGCAAUUGACUGACACGAUGGCGAAGCGCAACACCGUUAUCGGCACGCCGUUCUGGAUGGCGCCCGAGGUGAUCCAGGAGAUCGGCUACGACUGCGUGGCCGACAUCUGGUCACUCGGCAUCACGGCGCUCGAGAUGGCGGAGGGCAAGCCGCCCUACGGCGACAUCCACCCCAUGCGCGCCAUCUUCAUGAUCCCCACCAAGCCCGCGCCCUCCUUCCGAGAGCCGGACCAGUGGUCUCCAGAGUUCAUAGACUUCGUCAGUCAGUGCCUGGUGAAGAACCCCGAAGAGCGCGCCACCGCUGAAUACUUGCUGACGCACGAGUUUAUAGCAGGCAACGCGAAGCAAGCCAGUAUCCUGAGCGCCCUGAUCGCAGAGGCGCGCGAGAUCCGCGAGAGCCAGGCCUUCCGCUCCGCCGCCGCGCUGCUCAACAACGACCACUCCAAGACCAUCGCGCCGAGCGGCGCGGAGGAGUACAGCGAGGCCACGAUGAAGGCGCGCGAGGCCACGCUGGUGCCGCGCGACGCGUCGCUCGACCUGGCCGCCGACCUGGGCACCAUGGUCAUCUACGACCACGACCUCGCCACCAUGAAGCGACACGACACAGAUCCCAUGGACACGAACCGGCCGAAGUACCGGCCGCUGUUCCUGGAACAUUUCGAAAAGAAAGAAGUGAACCAUCUCGGUAUGGGCACCACGAACGGCACUCUCACGGGCCCAUUAAGGUUCGGGGAGGAAGAACUCAGGGUGCUGAACGCGGCGGGCGCGGCGGGUGCGGCGGGCGCGGCGGGCGAGCCGUUGCAACGCGCGCUGCUGGAGGAGGGCAACUUCGAAUUCGUAAGUCAACUGCACGUCGUCACUCUGCUCGCGCUGCGGCCCCCUGUCGCUGCUGUCGGAGGGCGAGCUGGAGGCGUGCAUGGCGCGCCUGGACGCCGAGAUGGAGGCGGAGAUCGAGCGCCUCCACCAGCGCUACGAGCGCAAGCGCCGCCCCAUCCUCGACGCCAUCUCGCUCAAGCGGAAGCGCCAGCAGAACUUCUAGCCGCCACGCUGUGAGCCGCGCCGUGACCCCGCCCACUGUGCGCCGCGCUGUGAGUGGGCGGGGCCAUUGGCUGCGCUGUACCCUGCGC